CAAGUCGAACAGUUUUCAAUAGAACAACUCGCUUGAAACACUUUAGAAAAAUGAAAUUCUUCGCCAUCGCUACCUUCGCCGCCAUCUUGGCUUGCGCCUUUGCUGAUGUUUCUGAGCUGGGUUAUGCCUACAGUGAACCCGCUGCUAGCGCUCCAGUGAACACCUACAUUCCACCUGCAGCUAGCGCUCCAGCUCCAGUCUACAGUGCUCCAGCUCCAGUGUACAGUGCCCCAGCUCCAGUUUACCAGCAAGCCGCCGCUGCUCCAGCACCAGUCUACAGUGCCCCAGCUCCAGUUUAUCAGCCAGCUGCCGCUGCCCCAGCACCAGUCUACAGUGCUCCAGCUCCAGCCCCAGUUUACCAUUCAGCUCCAGCACCAGCUCCAGUCUACCAACCCGCUCCAUCUGCGCCAGUCUCAUCAUACAUUCCACCUGCACCAGCUGCUGCUGCCCCUGAACCAGUCUACUCUGCCCCAGCCCCAGUUUAUCAGCAAGCCGCCGCUGCUCCAGCACCAGUCUACAGUGCCCCAGCUCCAGUUUAUCAGCCAGCUGCCGCUGCCCCAGCACCAGUCUACAGUGCCCCAGCUCCAGCACCAGUUUACCAGCCAGCUCCAGCACCAGCUCCAGUCUACCAACCCGCUCCAUCUGCCCCUGUCUCAUCAUACAUCCCACCUGCACCUCAACCAGCUGCCUCUGAGGUCUAUGAGUCACCCGCUCAAGAUGGUUAUAGAUACCGCACUGUCCGUCGUCGCGUCUACAAGCAACGUCGUUUCCGAUUUGCGAAAAGUGAAUCAUAUAAAAACGACAAGACGCUAACGACCAAGCAAUCACAAGUCGAACAGUUAUCAUCCAUAGAACAACUAAUUCCAAUUAGCUGUGCAAAAAUGAAAUUCUUAACCGCCGCCACUCUCGCUGCCGUUUUGGCUUGCGCAUGCGCUGAUGUUUCCCACUUGGGCUACAACUAUCAACAACCUGCUGCUAGCGUGCCAUCCAACUCAUACAUUCCACCGGUUGCUAAUGUUCCCGAACCCGUUUAUGCACCUGCACCAGCUCCAGCGGUGUCAGCUCCGGUUUACCAACCCGCACCUGCUGCUCCAGAGCCAGUCUAUCAACCAGCGUCUGCGCCAUCCGCUCCCGUUUCUUCUUACAUCCCACCUGCACCAGCUGCAGCCGCACCAGAACCAGUCUACCAGCCUGCUCCUGCUCCAGUCUACCAAUCCGCAUCAGCUGCGCCAGCACCAGUUUACCAACCAGCACCUGCUCCAUCUGCACCAGCUUCCUCGUACAUCCCACCCGCACCACAAUCUGCUGCAUCUGAGGUUUACGAACAACCUGCUGAGGAUGGUUACAGAUAUCGUACCGUUCGUCGUCGUGUCUACAAACAGCGUCGCUUCUAAUCUAGAGUGGACGAAGUAUAGCUUUUAAGGAUGGUGGGAAAGAUUUUAAAUUGAAUUCCUUUCCUUAACUCUUUUAAACCACAUUGUUACCUUUGUUUUCUGUUAAUAUAAGUA